AUGGCUUCCGCGAUCCCUGCGCCCUUGGCUCCUAGCACCGCGAACUGGCACUGGAAGAACAAGACCGUCACGCCCUGGGCGAAGCAGUGGUUCGAGCGCGAGCUUACGUCCGUGCGCGUGAGCGGCGAAGGUACCGAGGAGGUCGGCGUCGAGCAUGUUGAGGAGGUCGAAGGGGACGUCGAGCUCGGCCAGCGGAAGAGCAAGUUGAUCACGAUUUACGACUGCAAGGUCGUCUUGAACUGGUCGGGAACUGCGUCGGACGGUACCGCAGUCUCUGGAAAGCUCACCGUUCCCGAGGUGUCGCACGAGAUCACGCUCGACGGCACGUCAGACUUCGUCUACGAAUGGAGCUUGACCACGGCCCGCACCCCCGCGGUCGACGCGCUCUUCCAGCUCGCGAAGAAGCAACUCCCCGCCGCGCUCGAGGCGAAGUUCAACGCGUUCCCCGCGGCGAUCGUUGACACGCACGGCAAGGACCUGACCGUCUCCGCCGACCCGUCCCGCCAGGGCAGCCCCGCGCCCGCCGCGUCCGCCCCCGCCCCAGCAGCAAAGAGCGACGCGGCGCUGAAGAAGAAGGCGGACGGCGCGGGCGUUGCGAAGAGCGGGGGGCAGGCGGUGAACACGACGACGCUGUCGGUCGACGCGCAGUUCAUGGCGUCCGCGGACGACUUGUUUGGGCUGCUGUCGGACGAGAAGCGGAUACCGCAGUGGACGCGUGCGCCGGCGACGGGCUCUCCGCAGGCUGGGUCUGAGUACAGCAUGUUUGGUGGCGGUGUGAAGGGCAAGUUCGUGUCGCUGUCGCCACCAAAGGAGUUCGUACAGACGUGGGCGCUCUCGAGCCCGACAUGGCCUUCAGAUCAUUUCGCCACCCUCACGACUACGCUGGACCAGGGCAGCGACUCUACGAAGGUGACAUGGUCCCUCAAAGGCGUUCCUCUCGGAAUGGAGGAGGAGAUCACCCGCAACCUGCAAGGAUACUAG